AUGGUAUACACUUCGUUGACUGAGGCUCCUCGCAACCUGAGGGAAAGCAUUGACUGGUUGAUGGCGCUUAGGGGUGCUGACGCUGAAGCCAACUUGAAGGCUCUGGGCGCCGCAGUUCACCAUUUGCUCGCAGACAAGCCCGUUGGCUUCACAGAUGUGCCAGCUCUAGAGAAUGUUAAACUUAUUACAAAGGAGUUCCUGGAGCAAGAGGAGCUUAGGGAUAACCCAUUCGUAGAAGACCUGCUAGGAAUAUACACGGCACCCAUGAACAAAAGUCCCGAAGGGCUCGAUUCGGACUCUGUAGCUGUCGAGGAAAGCGACCAUGAGAACUUCAUCAAGGUCUGGGGUCUCACCGCUAAAAUGGUCGCAGAUAACUUAGGCCUGCGUUCCUUGAGGGAACUAGGUGAUCUUUCUGUAGCGGACGAGUCGCUUAGUGAAGAGAAGGAAGAUAUAGUAUAUGCAUUGGAAGCGCUGGGUUACAACGACUCGGAAUUCCGCGCAGGCAUGAGUCGUUUAGACCUCAUCAGGGUGCUGAAACCCGUGGAUUCACGAAUGCUAGGUAUGAUUUACGACUUCGCCGGAUUUCGGGCUUUCUAUUAG